ACCGAAAAUUGAUGGCUGUUAUUAAAAUAAUAUCGCAUCAGCUGGUUCAGGAUUCAGACUGACAGUUCCAUCUCAAGGAACACUUAUAAACAUGCAGUCCAGGAUUCCUGGCCCCACUGCAAGGGCAGCAACAGCAACCAGCAGUAAUACGAAGGCUCUUGCAACUAUGAGCAGACAAAGUCAAAGUAUUAACAGUUUGAACAAGCACAACCUCCCAUCGUGUAAAUCUGGGAGUCAGAAAGAUUUAUCUGACCAUCUAACUCAACUGCCAGUUAUGAACGGGAACAUACAGUUAGGUUCAACCACAAGGCAUCAGCAUGUUUCAACCAUUUCUCAGGCCAAAAAUGUACCACCUAAUAGAAAACAAACCACCGAGGCAUCCUCAAAACAGACUCUUAGGCAGCUUAAUGCUUCAGUUUCUUCGUCAGUAAAUGAUUUGCAGAAGGUACCUUCCUCAGGAAAUGAAAAAAGCUUAUCCAAUGCAAAUAGACCAGUGGAGGAAGUGAAAUAUCACAGUAAGACUUCGAAAAAUGCUACGCAGAGUAGAGCUGAGACUUUUUUGAACAACGAAGGGCAGGAUAGUUCAUUAGAACUUGGCAACACUGAAUUGUGCAAUACUGAAACAGAGACUGCAGGACCUGCAUACAACAGUCCACGGAUAUCACAAAAGGGAAUUCUUCACUCUCUGAACAAGACGGCAAGCAUGCAGAAGGCAGCAUCAAGAAUCCCAGAUAGAGGUCAAAAAGAGGAGAAGAAAGAUAGCAACGGAAUCAAUUCGAGAAGAAAAGUUGCUUCUACAAAAGGCUCUCGAAUUGCAGGCUUGACCCACACAAGGAGCAAAGUUUUGGACGAUGUGCAAAAAGGCGUUGCAACUCUUCCUCCCAGGGGAAAGUGUAAAUCCAGAUUCAGUAUUUCAAAUGAUAAUUUGUUACAUCUGUCGAACUGUGGAGGUACAGCAGAUAGAGAGAGACCUAAAAGCGCUUCAAGCCAAAGGCAAUGGAAAUCGGAUGUUAGUUGGAAAUCCUACAGUUUCUCCAACUUACUUUUAGAUGAGAAUGAAGAUGUUUCACAAUUGUCUGUCUCUUCCGUUUCUUCUCCUAAACGCACAUUUACUGGUGGAGUAAAAACAUCUGUCAACAGCAAUGUUAUUAAACUUCCUUCUCCAACACAAAAUAGUCAUCCUAACACAGCAACAGUGGCUCCUUUCAUGUACAAAGGAGAAAUGAAGCGAGACAGUAGCAGUAUUGAAUCAAAGGACCCGGCUGGCCACCCUAAUGCAGAGGACGGCAAUUGGAAAUCCAAAAAAUAUCUUGAUGACAUAGAUCCAGAGACACAGAGGAAAAGAACUGUUCAGAAUAUUGUAGAUCUUCGGCAGAAUCUGGAAGACACCAUGUCUAGUUUAAGGGGAUCCCAGAUAACCCAUAGUGCUUUAGAUUCAACCUUUGACAGUGACAUAAGUGCUGAAGUGAAUGCCAGAAGCCGUGGCACAAGUUCAUCUAAUCGAUCUUCACCAUUAUCCUGGCGGUACGGCCAAGCAAGUCCACGUCUUCAGGCAGGGGAUGCACCUUCGGUCGGCAGUGGAUGCCAACCUGGAGGAAAUUCUGGCUGGUUUGUUCGGGGAGACUCCUCUCAUUACUCACACACCAUGCCCAUGCGGAGUUCCAGUAAAUCAUGUAAUGUUUCUCACUUGGAUUUGGAGUCUCUGGAUACUGAUGAUGUAGACCUGAAGUCCAUCAGCGCUGACAUGUCUGGCUAUAUGAGUGAUAGCGACUUGCUGGGGAAGACGAUGAAUGAUGAUGACAUUACAACUGGUUGGGAUGAAAGUAGUUCCGUAAGCAGUGGCCUCAGUGACACCUCUGACAACCUUAGUUCUGAAGAUUUAAAUGCAAGCUCAUCCCUCAACUCUUAUCCAACUACACCAGUUGCUUCCAGAAGAAAUUCUGGGAUAGCGCUCCGAACUGAUGCAGAAAAGCGUUCCAUGGUUGAGAGUGGUCUGACCUGGUACAGCAGCUCCGAAAGUAAAGGUCAGAAGAAGUCUGAGGGUGGCUAUGAUGCCAGCAAUCUUAAGAUGGACCAAAACACAAAGUGGAGACGUAUCCGCACUGAGUCAGCAGAAGAAACAACAAAAGGAGAACUGAAGAAACAGCAAUCCACAGGACAAACCAGUUCACUGAAAAGGGGUGCAGCGCCAGUUGGAGUAACUUCUCCAAUAACCAGUUCAGGAGCAGGAUCUCUGAAAGUUGCUGGUAAAAUUGAUUCUUCUAAAGUACAAGACAAAGGAAAAUUAGCUCUCAAAGGAACAACAUUACAAAGAUCCUCAUCUGAUGCUAGCCGAGACAGAGUAGGAGAAACACGCAAACCUCCAUCAGGCAUUUCAAGACCUUCUACUGGUGGAUCUUUUGGCUACAAGAAGCCUACUACAGGCACAGCAACAGUGAUGACAUCCGGUGGAAACACAGCAUCAGCAACAAAAACUCAGAAAUCGACAGGCAUCCCUGUGAAGCCAACAAACUCCAGGAAAACCAGUCUUGAUGUUUCCCAAAACCAUGACGGCUUUAUGUCAUCAGGAGCGAGGACAGCCGUGCAAUAUCGUAGCUUGCCACGUCCAGCCAAAUCAAGUUCUGUUAGCAUCACUGGCCGUGGAGGCGUAAAUAGGCCUGUUAGUAGCAACAUUGAUCCGAGCCUCAUUAGCAGCAAGCAUGGAGGCAUCCCGGUUUCUCGACUGAAAGAACCCUCAAAAGUUGGUAUGGGGCGAGCAAAUUCAGUACCAGUGAAUCAAACUGAUCGCGAGAAAGAGAAGGCAAAAGCAAAGGCAGUUGCUUCUGAUUCUGAGUGCACAACUGCAUCAAGUUCUACAAAGGCCCCUUCAGCUCCAGAAAGUCACAGUAAGCCGCAAGGAAUGCGGCAGCAAAGUUCCAAAUUCUCGGAGAUAUCUUCUCCAACAGCACAAAGGGUGAUAAGUUCAAAAGGAAUCAGCAAGCCACCUCCAAUAGCCAAUAUUGACAAAAUCAACUCGAAUAGCUUGGAUUCUGCAACCUCAGGACAUGUCUCUAUGACUAGUAAUGUUGCCAAUGAAACUGUAACCAAAACCCCAGACAUCCAAGCAACUGGAAUCAGUUUGGCUCCAUGUUUAACACCUAGUCCUGCCCCUGUUCUUAAUGUAAAUUCUAGUACCUUUAGUCAGGGGCUUGGUCUAGUUAGCAAUUUCACAAGCAACAAGGAAGGUCUAAUGUACCCUAAACUUAGUAGCCUGCAUACCAGCAUGGAAUCUUUGGAUCUUCCAUUGAGUGUUCCUUGUUCAUUCUCUGCGAGUGGUACACUUUCAAGGGAGGAGGAUCACAGUGGGCUCACAUGGACUGGGAGUUCUAGAUUCUCACAAAUGGAGAGUGCACAACGUGACAGAAAUACUCUGCCGAAAAAAGGAUUAAGAUAUGGAACAAGUUCACAACAGGAAGACAAGGAAUGGCUCCAUGCACGUUCUAUUGGAGGUCCUGUAGACUCGGAUAGCCAGUCACUCUCAUCCCCAUCAGCUGUUCCGUUAUCAAACUUGGCAAGUCCCACGGGAGUGUCCCAACUGGGUAGCCCAACUCCAAAAAUGAUGCGCUCAAACAGCAUUCCAACUCACGACUCCUCAUUCGAUUUGUAUGGAAGUUUGCAGAUGGGAAGCACAGUUUCUUUGGCAGAAAGACCAAAAGGAAUGAUCCGCUCUGGAUCGUUUAGGGAUCCAGUGGAUGAAGUUCAUGGUUCAGUGCUUUCACUUUCCUCCACGACAUCAUCUGUUCAUUCCACAAGUGAAGACAAGGCCCAAGGAGAGCAUAUUCGCAAACUACGUAGGGAACUUGAGUCUUCACAUGACAAGGUUUCUGCACUUACAUCACAACUGUCUACAAAUGCUCAUCUUGUGGCAGCAUUUGAACAAAGUUUGACAAACAUGACAUCUCGUUUACAGAGCCUCGCUUUGACAGCAGAACAGAAGGAUUCGGAGUUAUACGAUCUCAAAGAAACAAUUGACAUGUUGCAUAAAAAGAAUGCAGAAGCACAAGCUGUUAUACAGGGAGCAUUGAACAACCCAGACUUGACACCAAAAGAACUGCGUAUAAAAAGGCAGAAUUCAUCAGACAGUAUCUCCAGUCUCAACAGCAUUACAAGCCAUUCCAGCAUAGGGAGUGGUAAAGAUGCUGACGCCAAAAAGAAGAAAAAGAAAAGCUGGCUGCGAAGCUCAUUUAAGCAAGCCUUUACCCUCAAAAAGGCACCAAAAUCAGCAUCUUCCUAUUCCGACAUUGAAGAAAUUGCAACACCAGAUUCUUCAGUGCCAUCUUCCCCUAAAGUGCAGCAUGAAGAUGCAGAUUCAUCGGCCUCCAUCAAACCAUCGCAUUCAUCCACCGAGGUCUAUGAUUCCCGUGAGCCUGAGUUGAAGGAAGUAUCGAACCUACGCAAUGAGUUGUGGGAUAAGGAAAGGAAACUAACAGAUAUCCGCCUCGAGGCUCUUAGUUCAGCUCACCAGCUGGAGCAGUUACGAGAAGCCAUGCAUAACAUGCAGGUGGAAAUUGAGGCAUUAAAAUUGGAGAAUGACCGUCUCAAAGCAGAUACAGGUACUGGGACAUCACAGGCUGUCACAUUAUCGUCUGCCACUUCCUCUCCUCGGCGAUCAUUAGGACUUACCUUAGCUCAUUCAUUCAGUCUCAGUCUUACAGAUUCGGUUGACCAAGAUGUAUCACCAAUGGAUGGGGUAACCAGUUCAUCCCUGAAAGAGGAAAGGAAUGUUCGAAUUGUGGUCCAUCUCACUGAGGAGCAGAUUUGCAAUGAAACCCAAAAGCAGCAAGAAUUUUUCAUUGGCUCCACCAAAGUAAAUGCAACAACCGACUGGACUAUUUUGGAUGGAGUUAUUUGUCAAGCAUUUAAGGACUACAUUACGAAGGUGGAUCCAGUUUCUUGUCUUGGAUUGAACACGGAUGCCAUCUACAGCUAUAGUGUUGAUCAUGUAAAACGUGUACUUGGAACAGAUGCACCGGACGUGCUGCCCUAUAGAUAUAUGGGAAAAGAUUCCACAUUCUCUGUAACUUUGAAAGGAUUGAAAGAGAAAAGCGUGGACAGUUUGGUUUUUGAAACCCUAAUUCCAAAACCAAUGAUGCAGCAUUACAUCAGUCUUCUCCUGAAACAUCGAAGGCUUAUUUUGUCAGGGCCCAGUGGGACCGGCAAGUCCUAUCUUUCCAUUCGCUUGGCUGAGUACUUGGUUCAGAGAUCAGGCCGGGAGGUCACGGAUGAAAUCAUUGUAACGUUUAAUAUGGAUACGCAUUCGUGCAAGGAUUUGCAGCUGUACCUUUCCAAUCUUGCCAAUCAAAUUGACAGAGAAACCAGCACUGGGAAUGUACCAUUGGUGAUAAUCCUUGAUGAUCUGAGUGAGCCUGGUUCCCUAAGUGAACUUGUCAAUGGAGCUCUCACAUGCAAAUAUCACAAAUGCCCAUAUGUAAUUGGAACCACUAACCAGCCUGUCAAAACAACACCAAACCAUGGCCUUCAUCUCAGUUUCAGGCUGGUGCCAUUUUCAAACAAUGCAGAGCCUGCCAACGGAUUCCUAAGUCGCUAUUUACAACGGAAACUGAUUGAAUCAGAGAAUGUUGCAAACGCAAACAAUAAUGAAAUCCUCAAUAUUCUUAACUGGGUGCCCAAGUUAUGGUACCAUCUCCACACAUUUCUGGAAAUGUACAGUACAUCUGACUUCCUUAUUGGUCCUUGUUUUUUCCUGUCCUCUCCCGUCAAUGUGGCUGAGUUCAGGGAAUGGUUCAUUGACCUAUGGAAUUAUUCCAUUCUCCCCUAUCUUCAGGAAGGAGUUAAUGAUGGCAUCAAGACAUAUGGACGAAAAGCAGUGUGGGAGGAUCCCGCGAAGUGGGUGCAGGAUACUCUACCUUGGUCAACUGCUUCACAAGAUCGCUCCAAGAUCUUCCAUUUGCCUCCACCAAGUACAGGAUCACAAGUUCCAGGUCCUCCACCAGAAAAAAGAAAGAUCAAAGAGACAGCACCGACUUCACUUGAAUCAGACCCACUUAUGACUAUGCUACUGAGGCUCCAGGAAGCAGCCAAUUAUACCCAAAGUUGUGAAGGCGAAAACAUCAUGGAAUCGUCUUUGCAAUCAACACAUUGAGAGGAGAACUACAUCAAGGAAUAUGGGAGCCAUCUUGUUUUUAAUCAUGCCACAACUACACUUUGGAUAUUGUAGUCCUGAAACAGAAGUAUAUUCUGUAAUAGAUGUAGUUAGGUAGGGGGCUAAAUUAAUGGAUGGGUAAAAUUGUAGGUGUAAAGCCCAAAAUCAUAUGUAAGUUAACUGUGAUCAUUUAUUGUAAAUCAUAUUACCUAGCCAUCUGGAAAAAAACAUCUAACUAUAUGGACUGUUAAUGCUGUAUUUGUACUUUAUAAUUCAACCUUCAAAAGUGCAUGGCAAUCAUUUAAGCAGAAACAAAUAAGAUUUUAGUGAGCUUUAUUAAGGUUAACUCCUAAUCUACAACUCAAACAAUUAUAGGAGCCAUCGCUGUUCCACUACUGCUGCCAUUUCAGAUGUCACACUGGUGCUGACUGGAGAACCUCUCCACUAAUCUUUACAAUUUAUUGUGCUCAACACCUCAUUAGUUCACACAGCUAAGAUAUGAAUCAUGGUGAAACCACUCAAACAGAAAUUUUGUUGUUUUCCAAGUUCUAAACUUACAAUUGUUCAUUUUGUAAUUGAAAUAUCUUUGUGCCCUGAAUUUAAAAGUGAAAUAUUUUCUGAAAUUAGGAUGUGCAUUCAGUUUUAAGGUGGUAAUGGGAAUAUAUUCUAUCACUCUAUUCUUGGCAAGGUCAAGUAUUCCAAGUUACUGGGCACUUAAACGACGCAGUGAAAGUGUUUAGUACUAAAAAUAGUGAUUCCUAUACGAUGUACACUGGAUGCAUAAUUAACACAAAGAUGAAGGCCAUCCUAUUAGAAGAAAUAUUACUCUUCUGCAUUAAAUUGUACCUGACUCCUGUAUAUGUUUUAGCUUCAAAAAUUUAUAGAAAGUGAGGAGAAACUGAUCAUCAAGCUGUGCACUGCACAAGAUCGUCAACGAAUAAACAUGCAAUGUAGUUGUGUCCUCUGGUUAAUGCCCUGCUAACUGCAAAAACUACUUCAUAAAAUUAUGGAAACUAUAUAAAUAAAGGGUACAAUUAUUGAAGUCCUACUAAAGCAACAUCCCAUUUCACAUUUAACACUAGACAUUUGUCCUGUACAAUUGCAUGAAAGAGGCAGCAGAAUUUAAUCUCACUUUAGGCGAAUUGCUGGCUUCUAAUACUUCCAUCACACUUCCUGAGAAUUUUCAAGUGAUCAGUAUUUUCAAAUCUGAUGCAAUGACAUCAUGAAUAUCAGUAGCAUACGUUUACUGCAGGCAACGUAAAGCUGACAGCAAAGAACAUCCAUGACAAUUGACAAUUUUCUAAAGGAAUUGCUUUUAAAUGUGUAACUAUAUCAUGGGGCACUAAACCUAGCUCUUUCAAGAAGCUUUUAACCACUUUCUAAACUUCUCCCACCUGAUCAAGCAACAAUACUCCCUCUACUUAUUUGCAACUGUUCCCAUUUUAACAGAAGGUUGUCAUUGUGCAGCAAUUAUGACUAAUUGUAGGACAUUCACGUAGAAAUGUUACAUUGUAAAGUCAUUUAUACAACUUAAUGUAAAAUUCUGAAGGUAUUGCAAUACGUCAAAGUGGUUUGAUCAGGCUGCACCAUUGAAACACUGCUUGUUAAAAUAAGAAAUUUUAUUUGUGCUACAUGAUCAACUAAUCUUCAGGAGUAAAGUGGAGAUUAUGAUCGAGAACCUGAGCAAAUAUAGUGUACCUCAUGUCAGUGGGAUUUUAUUUAUAAUCAGCCAUAUUCUACUACAAUUCUGCAUUCCAUAGCUGGAUGUAUGAAUUUUCCAACAUUUCUACCAAGUGUUGUUGCUGGCUGAUUAAGAAAACAUUAAAGAGUAUUUACUAUAGUGUGGUUAUUUAGAAUGUUUCAUUAAUUUCAAUGAAACACAUUCAGAAAUUUCACACUUCAAGGAUAAAUGUUUCAAGUUCACUUACUUCAACAAAAAGACCUCUUCAGUUUUUUAAAAGAAAUCAGACAUAUUAUAUGUUCAAUAAUCAAGAUGAAGCCUUUGCCAUUAAACUGAUAUUCCGCGUAUGGAAAUGUUGCACCCUGUCUCGUUUCAAUUCAUAAUAUCACUGUAACACGAAACAUAAGAAAAUGAUCUCAAGCAUUCAGUUACAAUAGGGAAAAUAGAAAAAAAAAGAAAAUUGGGAAUAGGAAUAAUUUAUUGAAAUGAUUCAUAUUUCAUUUGGACAGACUUAUUUUAAAAUUGAGCAUUUUCUAUUUUUACACCAAGAUGAAAUCUGCCCCAUAAGCCGUAAUGAGCCUAAGAUGUCUUCUUCUGUGUUAUUUAGGUUAUGUGGCAAUUUGGCAAAAUAUUUAGCAUCCUUUGGAGAAAUUGGUUCCCUCAAGUUUCUGAUUUUUGUGCUGAAUGUAUAAUUUGUUUGGAAGCAGUUGCAUUGUAUUUGUCUGACCUUGUAAAAUAUUGCACUUAAAGUGUUCCACCAUCAAAACCAUGAUGGCACAUCCUAAUUUGAACUAGGGGCUAUUUUCAAGAUAAAUUGUUGAUUGAGUCCUGACAAAUAGAUAUUUCAAACAAAGCAUACCAACUUUAUCAUUAGAUCGAGGUGCUGACAUUGAGGUAAUCUUGUUUCCCAUUAUUCACUUUACAGGUACUGCAAGCUGUGAUGGCUAAAUAUAUGGUACAUUCUCAAAGGAAAGCUUCAGGCUUGAGCUGUUGCUUAGCUCAAAACAAUUCGCACUUAAAGUAUGAAAGACUCCAUGGAUUCUAUCGUCUGUCAUUAAUUACUUUCCAGUUUAUCUACGUAGUAAUAAUGUUUGAUUUUCACUCAUGGAUUAUUUUAUUCGGUUGAAAAUUGAAGUGAAUAUCAAAUAUGAAUAUCAUUGACUGAAAUGUAUGGAAAAUUAAAUAUAUCAACAGUUAUUAGUUUUGUUUUAUCCUAGUUUGGAAAGGAAGUUAGCAUUUUGCUAUUUCAUCUUUCUGCCUAGAUUUGGAUUUCUACUUUUCACAGCCUUUCUCUUUAAGAGUGAUAGAAUGAAAACUUCUUCCCUUUCAUAAUAUAUUUUUUACAAAUAUGUGAAAUGUUUUAAUAGACAUAGUGAGUUUUUAUUUGAUAUAACAUCCAUCUUAUGGAGCGGCUCUUAAUUUAACAUGGAUUGCCAAAUUGACAAUUACAAUGAGUGAAGUCAGAAGAUUGGUUAAUGUCGGAAGUAGAGAAAUCCACAGGUUGCUAGCAGUAAGGCGUAAUGCUCUGUGUCUGGGAAGGGAUAAAGGAAACUUGCAAAUUGUGCUGUUGUCCUAGUAAUCCUUGCUGUUGAUGCUUAAAAUGAAAGCAGGUUCCAUUCAAAAUAACACAGAUUUUCCACUUUGAUUAGAAGAAAAUCAAUCCACUGGAAAGAAAGACAAAACAAAAUUCAAGCAAUGUGUUUCUGCUGGUGAAUAGGCAAUUUGUAUUUUGGCCAUCCUCUUAAGAUUAAAACACACAACUUGUUGUUCGUUGCAUUCUCGUCUGAUAAGUAAAAUCUUUACUCUUUCCAAAUCUGAUGCUCUUUACAUUUCAUUGUACAAGACGUUUUGUACUUUUCAAAUUAUACAUUUAUAAUUUUAUUCAGAGCCUAUAGUUUUGCAUCUAAGCAAUCUUUCUGUUCUUUCUAAAACUGGGACCUUCUUAGGUAAAUUCUUUAGCCAACUGAAUGCUGAAACAUUAAACUUUAACUUAGCAGUGUCAUUUGAGUAAAUCAACUAAAUUGAGAUUUAUUGAGCAGCUGCUCACAAAUGCAACAGCCCCCAUCAGCAACCAGGAAGUAGGCAUGAAAAAAUAGGGCAUUGAAAUCAUGGACCCGUGUGGUUUAUUUUUUUGCUGACCUUUUGCAUGAUUUAAGUUUAUUUUUGUUCAUUCUUGUUUAACCCAGCUAUUCCUAAAUAUCAUUCCGUGACCUGCCUACAACAUUUGGGUGUGUUGGAAAAUGCAGGUCCAUUCAUUUCUGAAAAAUAACAUCAGUAAAUGCUAACAUUUUAUAAUUUUAAGUAGGCCACAGUUUAAGUUAACAGAAUUUCAGUUAUAAAAAUUUCACUUCAAAAAGUAUUUGGGACCAGUGAGUGGAAAGUAUCUCUACAUUAAUGUCACUGUGCAGGUAGAUUUAAACAAAUUGUUAUAAUGAACCAGGUACUGUAAUGUAAUGUGUUAUUUAGAGCCUGAAGGUUUCCUUUGAUGUUCUUUAUCAAGCUUUUCUGUAAUUAAAUCAACUGUAUGGUGCUGAAACUACGCCUUAAAGAUUACAAUUUAAUCACCUGUUCCAAUUCUUUCUAUUUGAAUACUCAAGGUUAAUAGUACUGUUUCAAACCAGCUAAAAGUAUUGUAUACAAAAAUAUUAACCUAAAACCUCUGCAAUGUCUAGUAGUUUUAGAUUAAGAGCAGGUUCACAUUUUGAGUGUACUCUGUGUAUGAAUAAGUACCACAUUUAUACUACUGUUUGUCAGAGCAAAAAAGAUAUUAAUGUUUAUUUUCUAGUACACAGGUGAGAGUUGGCACAGAGUCAAAAAUUAUCCAACAGCUUCUUUAGUUGGUUUAAAUUUGAAACUAGUAACAUAUUUUCUGUAAAAAAAAAAAAACCCUUAAAUUCGUUUGAUUUCUUUGAAACAUAAUUUGUAAAAAGUGAACGACGGUUGUAUCUGUGAGGUGUCCUAGUAGCUUCAGUACUAUAUCACUAAACUCUUAAUAGAAAGUUCCGAUUCAAAUCCCAGUCUCAAGUUGACAGUAUUGUACAGGCUUCAAUAGAAGAAAGUUUAAUGUGCUGUAUACAACUUGUAAUGUGGAAAAAGUGGAAAAAAACUGCUUUUGCCAGUAAUUCAACCAUGGCCAAGCAUUACCUAUCAAGUUGUAACAUCCAACUCUUAGUGAAUGCAGAGAAUUCAUUUUGAAAGGGCGAGGGGAAAAGUUAUAAAACCAAAUACAAAUUUGGAUUAAGGGAUGACAUCAGUAACUAUAAUUCCAUAACAUCAUUUAGUUUCUUUGACCUGGAAGUUUUUUUAAUUUAAUAAUGACGCCAAAUCAACUCAAAGAUGACAAUAGUUGACUGACAAUAAUUGUUUUAAUUUUUGGUGUUUUAUUAGUUCACAAGUUUUCACUCAGUAGGAUUGGCCAGGAACAUACAUUAGAUUACAUAUUCUGUAGGUCUAUUACAUGAGGUCUUGUAGAGUGUCACUUCAUGUACAAGUAAUAUUAUAUCCAUCUCUCAAUUCCUCAACCUCAUAAGACAAGCACAUACAAAUACGAGUCAAAGCACAAAAUUUUCACAUAUCAUUCAACCUGGCUGAACACACUGAAAUCCACCCAUUCCUGUGAAUUCCAAUAAAUCAAAUUCGUGCCGGAAAGUGGUUAGAUGCUACCCAUGCUGCUUAUCAACUUUAUCUAAUAUACUGUGUUAUCUGCUCAUACAGGUCUUGCCAUGAAGUGAAGGAAGGGAAUAGCUUUAAGAUUCCUUGCAAUUGGCUAGCAGCAGAGCAAUAAUUCCAGUUUAAAUUUCAGUGGUUUUCAAUAUAUACCUUGAAUGUGGUGCAAACUUUAAUGGAAAACUUUGUGAAUAUGGUGUUAAAUAAAAUGAGUAAUGGUAUCAUAAUUCAUUGUGCAGCUGGAAUACAAAGAAACUUUACAAUCAGAAUAGAAAAAAGUUUGAGGCUAGGGUUAUUUCAAAGAAUACCUUUGGAUUCAUAUGGGUAAUAUCCAAUUGUUGGCAGUUGUUUUCACUUAAAAUCAAACAACUGGAAGUUAUAAACCUGGAUGUUUGGUAAUGAUUUUUUUUAUGGAUGGCAGUGAUUGACUUGAAUGCUGUUUUUUUUCCCCCCCCAUUUUCACAAUGUAAUUAUUUUAAAAAUAUAACUUUGGGGGUUUCCUUCUUGAACCAUUGUUGACUGAAAUGCACUUUACAAAAUUAAAAAAAAAUGUUCCUUCCUGCAUAUAUGUUGGUUGAUAUAUGGGUGGGAGAUAAGGAUGCAUUCAUGUGAAUCAAGACAAAAUAUAUCUCUGUCAAUUUGGAAUACAUAGUAAACUAGCAUCUAGGAUUAUGUAGGUAUGGUUAGUUUUGAGUUGUUUUCUGUUCCAAAUGCAACUGUUAUUUGUGCCUUGUGUGUUGUCCCACUCAAUGGUCACUCAAUCUUGUUUAUUCAGAAAGCCAAGCAGUAAUAUUUGGUUUUGGGCAGUGGUAAAUAAAGGGCCAUAUGGAUUGUCCAUUCAUGAUACAUAGCACUGAUACUCAGUUUAAUUACAUCCAAUGAAAUCAAAUACCAGAUACUACACAUAUCAGUGGCUGGUCCAAUACUGUUCACUUUCCACCACCAUUCAAGAGAUAUUACGUCUUUUGGCUGUAUAGUUUUAGACAUGCCAUUGUCAAACCAGCCAUCAAAUAAAUUGCAAACAAAAGUAACCUUAGAGGAAAUUAUACAAUCCUCUUAUCUAAAGGAUUUCUAUAACUCUUUUAAAUCUUGUACAUUUCAGCACUGAGAUCUUAACAUCAUAUUCAAAUAUCCAUCCAUAUAAAAUUAACGUGACUUCCACAGGAUAAACACCACCAAAUUCUAAAUAAGCAAGUUGUAGAAUUCUUCUGACUUGUAAUCAGAUUAGUCUGACGGAAACAAUUUUUAUUUAAUUAUUAAUAAUUAUUUUCUACAGCCUUAGACUUGUGGUUAUAUAAUAGUUACGGAAUUUACAACAACAUCGAAGUUAUCAGUUCACGUAAAACCAUAGUAAAUUAAUUUCUGCAAUUCUGCUAAUUUGCGAUACAAUAAAAUGACCAUGGAAACAUUUUUCUAAUAAAUAUAUCUAGUACCUUAAAUAUCCAAUUGACUUCCUAAUGUUGUACAAGAAAAGGGAGCUUCCUUCCCUACCUGCAACAAAAUCAGAAGUUGCUGGAAAAG